CCGGCAUCCGCGUCGUCUCCCCUGAAAUCCGCGGGAAGUAGCCGGGAGCAGCCCCGCGCCACCGGCCGGCGGCCACCGUCUCCAGCCAACCAGCUCGUCCCCAGCGGCGGGAAACAUGAUCGUCUGCGUCGCCGUCGUCGGCCACCAGAACAACCCUCUGUACCUGCAGAGCUUCACGGAGGCGGACGACGCCCUCAAGCUCCACCACGUCGUCCACUGCUCCCUCGACGUCAUCGACGAGCGAGUGAACAAUCCUAAAAGGAAUGCUCCUGCACUGAACGAGACAUUUCUGGGUCUGCUAUAUCCGACUGAGAACUAUAAAGUGUAUGGCUAUUUGACAAACACAAAGGUCAAAUUUAUCAUGGUCACAACUGAUCUUGAUGUCAAAGACGCAGAUGCCCGAAAUUUUUUCAGGAAGUUCCAUGCUGCAUAUGUAGACGCCGUUUCGAACCCCUUCCAUGUUCCAGGGAAGAAGAUUGCCUCAAGAAGCUUUGGCGCAAGAGUAAGCACAAUUGUGAAAUCCUUCGGUUCGGGGACAACUGCCUGAGUGCCACCUGUUUUGAUUUUCCCCUGCAGUCAAGCAUUGUGCCUUUCCCCUUUGUUGACAAUUCAUUUCUGAAUAUCCAUACUGUACUACCCCGUUUGCAUGCUGAACAAGAUGAUAGUGAUAAUUUGGUAAUGGAAAAAAGAAAAUACGGGCUCAUUCAAA